AUAGUGACAGCAUUUGAACAUUGCUAUCACUUUUCAGUGAGGAAACAGGUCUAAAGCAGGCUAGUGACUCACCUGAGGUCACCAGAAGGGUUAGCUACACACUGAAGUCUACAACCCAAGGUUCUUGGCUUCCUUUCUGGCAGUCUCAACCUUCACCACAUCCCUUCCAUUUCCUGCUGGUCAGAGCCCAAGUCUCAGCCCACCAACCAAGAUCCACUGUGGAAACUGAGGCAGAGAUGGGCCCAGGCUGAUCCUCCAAGGACAUGGACAGAGGCUAACAGUACCCUCACUAGCCCUAUGGCUUCUUGCCAAGGAUCUGCUAAGGUCAUCAGCCCAAGGCUAUUCCCAGCAGCCCAGGUGCCCACUUUGUAUCCCUCAGUACCUGGCUAGAGCCUUGGACAGAGUGGGAGGUGGCUAACGAUGAGACUUCAGGGCUCAGGCUAGUCCAAGACCUGCUACUCCAACUGGGCAGUUUGCAGAUCACCAGUCACAGUAGAACAUGUAUUAGUUACUUAUGGCAGAAGACAGAUUUAUUCAAUGAUUCAUUAAGAACCUGUUAUUGUUUACUACUGGGGAUACAUCAGUGCACAAAACAGGCCAAAAUUCCUAUUGUGGAGUCUAUCCAUAUUUUAAUGCAUGAAGACAGACUAAAAAAAAAACAACAACAAAAAUGAGCGAGUGAGAGAAAAUGUUAGAUAACUGAAAUUCUACAUAGAAAAAUAAUGCUGGGAAGGGAAUAGAGAGUGCCUAUCUAUUUUUUAGUAGGGUAGCCAAUGGAGACUCCAUUUGAGGUGACAUCUGAGCAGAGAUUAUAAAGAGGGAGCUUUGUAGAUAUCUAGAAGAAGAGUGUUUCAGGCAGAAGGAAUAGCAAGUGCAAAGGCCCAGAGGCAUAGCAUGCCUGGCAUGUUCUAGGAGCAAUGAGGCCAGUAUGGCUAGAGUGGUAUGAGCCAGGACAGAGUGAGCAACAUAAACAAAUGUGAAAUGUCCACUGGAGACAAGAUUUAUGGCAGGAAGGGAUGAGCCAUUCAAGAGAGGAAGCCGGUGUCAAGGGGUUUGGAUACAGAGAAGGCUGAGGAGAAGGAUCUCCAGAGAAGGCAGUGAGGGCAUUCUGAGAGAACAGCUCGUGCAAAACUAACCAACAUGAGGUGUCUCAUCAGAUUCUGGUGUGAAGCUCCUGGUGCUGGAGCAGGAAUAGGGCGCGACUGAGGGGCAAGGCUGAGGAGGUUAGCAGCAGCCACCCUGAGACCCGCAGAGAAGCACAAGGAACAGGAGGUUUCAGGGAACCUUAAGAUAAAGUUGGGAGGGUCAAGCGGUUGUGGUCAGAGAGUGAGAGAUGGGGUUCAAGGUUUGAGAAGUACAGCAAUGAUGGUGAAAGGUCGGGAGGGCUGUGGUCAGGGGUAAGUGGGGUGGCCAUGCCUCCAGGAUGAUGGCAGGACUUGGGGAUGUGAGGAAGAACAGCCAGGCCCAUCAGUCUGUUCUCAGCAUCAGUCUCCCCAAUUGCAUAGGAUGUGGGGGAGUGAUUUGCCACCACUGGGGGGCAGUGCAAGGCAAAUGAGUCUGGGCUAGGCAUGUACCAGCAACUCUUUCUUUUCCUUCUCCUUCAGCAGCCCUCUGAGAUUGCUCCCCAAAACGUGCUGGUACUUCCCUGGCCGUUGGUCCCAUGCAGCAGUGCCCAGACAGGGCAGAGGAGGCAUAGUAUAAGAAGGGGAAGCCCCCUUGGUUUCUGUCUCACAGCAGGGACCCAGCAGGGAAACCCCACAGGUCCCAAAAGGAAAGUGGCAGCAAUGGGCCUUGGGGAAGACCAAGAAACCCCCAUCUUCUCCCUGAAGAUGGGAAACCCAGGGUGGAGCUGAGGGUGGGGCUGUGCUGGAAGGGAGCUCUGUGGUUGAUGUGGCCCAGCCCUGACACCCAUCUCAGGGCAGAAACACCAGGAUUAUGGUAGGACCUGGCUGAGCCCUGAGCCUGAUCUCGCACAAACCCAACCUGGCCACAGGCUGAGCCCUGACCCUGUCCAUCCACUGAGCUCUUAUCCCAGCCCAAGUCUGAGCCCUGACCCGGGUCACAGACUCAGUCCCAAUGUUGGCUACAGACCAAGCUCUGUGCUGGGUCUGGACUGAGCUCUAAGCCUAAUCCUGGUUGUCCCAAGCAGAGCCCCAGGUCAUUGAUAGCUCUGACAACAAACAAAGGCAGAGCCAGGACGUUGGCCCCAGGCAAUGCUCUGUCCAGCCCUAGACCAAGCCCUGAUGCUAGUUACAGACUGGGCUCUCAUCUUAGAUCUGACUCUGGCCAAAGACUAAGCUCUUGGCCCUGAACAGACCAGUCUCAUCCAGCCCUGACUCUGGCUAUAGACUGAACCCUAAAUCUGCCCAGAUUGAGACCCCACCACCCCACACAAAGGUCCAUCCCAGCCAUCCAUUUAGCCCUGACAUCCCUCACACUCCCUCCCUCAGCCACCUGGUAAACCAGAAGAGAGUAAGGAUGACUCAAAACCCCAAGGCCUCUCUGACGGGCAAUCCCCUUACUUGGCCAUCCAUCUUUUGAAAGGCAAUGGACUGGUGACAGCACUAUAAUGAUAAUGACAGAGCAGAGAAAGAGGAGGGACUUGGAGUCUCUGGGACCUACUAGCAAUUCAAGUGGAUAGGUCAUGCAAGUGGGGAAGUGCAGGGAGGGCUGGACCUGGGGGGCUCAGCAGGGGUUCAAGAGCUUGGAUUGACCGAAACCCCAGCUUCCCGCCACCCAUCACUGCAGCUCCCACCCCCUCUGGGAAGGGAAAUUACAUUUCCCCAUUUUAGCAAGGGGUGGUGAGGAGGGAAGACUGAGUGAAUGCAGAGCUGAAAGUACAAGCAGGACGGAAAGUGAAACCGGCGCAGCCCCCACUAUAAGACUCCCCCUACCCGGGAGAUGGCUGGCCAAAGAGGCUGGGCCCCGCCAUGGGCCAGAUGGCAGGCGACCUUGGCUGGCGUGAGUUUGAGGCCAGGGUUGGGGUCAGAGGGGUGGGAGGCUUGGCUGAGACCUAGCAGAGGAUGGGAGAGCUUGACUGGUUUGGAUGGGGGCCAAGGGCUGAGGGGCAACUAACUUGGCCAAGACUAAGGAUAUAGGAUACAGCAGGCCGAGGAAUGGGAAUGAGGCUGACAUGAAUGCGAAGAAGGACUGUGGCAGAGUAAUGGUUCAGCCAUGGCUGGUCAGAGGAUGGGACAGUUUGGCUGGCAUGGAUGGGGGAGGGCUAGUAGGGGUCGUCUGGCAAGGAUUGGGCUGAGGAUGGGAAACCUUGUUUGGCAUGAAUGGGGUGGGGAGUAUUAGGCAGGUAGUUUGACCAGGACCAGAAGUGAGGAGAUAAAUGAAGAGUUUGGUUGGAGUGAAUGAGCAGGGGCCAAACAGCUUGGCUGAGAACUAGCACUGGCCAUAGGGAGAAUAGCAGAAGAAGUUGGCAGGAGUGCAGGGCUGGGGCCAAGGAAUCAGCAGCCUAACUGAGUCAAGGGUCUGUAUUUUAAAGCUUGGAAGGAGGUCCAAUCUGUAGUUGGUGUCCGAAGGAUUCAGAGUCUGGAACUGGAGCUAUAGGCCAAGGAGCAGAUGGUAGGUCCAAAGUUGGGAUGAAGGGCUGGAAGAUGGAGACAGAACCAUCAAAGGCCAAAGCUGAACCAUCAAAGAACCCAGUAUUGGCUGCAAAGGGUAGAGAGAAGCCAAGGGAAGGUUCUGGGGGCUCCAGAGUUCAGAUGGGAAGUGGAGGGUCAGUAGGAAAUGGCACAGCUCAAUUCAGGGUAGGUAAUAUCUACUAGGGCCUGGGGGCAUCCACUCUCCUUCAGUAUAGAUCUAGGAAAAACCCCACCCUGCUUAAUGUCUACAGAAUUGACAAGUGGCCCCCAAGCUAGGGAGCCUGAACACUAGUGAUUGCAGGCACUGCCCACCACCACUGGAAGUCCUCGGGGGAUGUGGAAGUACUCAGAAGCUCCUCUUAGUCUUUAUUGAGAGGAUGUUUUGAGGAGCAGAGCCCAUGGCUUAGAGAUGAAGAAUGGAUCAGGAAGAGGCACAGAGAGGAGGUUGAGCAGGAAUAGAUUCAGAUUUAGGGGCUGGUUUUGGUUUGUGUUUUGCAGAGAAUUGUGUAACUCCAGAGAUUGCUAGAUUUCCUCUCCCUGAGGGAGAAACCACAGAACACUACUCUUUUCCCAGAGCAUACACCCCACUGCCCCUCUUCCUUCUGUCCAGGAAAUGCAGGGCAGGAAGUACUUUGAGAAAUCAGCCAAUCUGAUUCCCCCAUUUUACAGAAAGGAGCCUGAGGCACAGAGAUAAGAGGUGACUUGCUCAAAGGCAGAGACUAUAUGAGAAACAGAGGUUCUGCCUCCCAUUCCAGGCCCUCCUCCCACUCCUGGCAUCCCCUGUUCCUUCCACACUGUAGAGUAAGCCACCUACCUCACUGGUGGAGGCUGAACCAAUCUGCCCUCUGGCUUCCAGGGACAGAGCCUCCUGCAUUGCCAGCCUACCCUCAGGGCCCUAGUUCAGGCCAUCAGCGCUGCCUGGCUAAGCCCAAGGAAUCCUUGGCAGAACAGACUGUGCCCACUCUCAGGGAGAUGGCUGCCUUCUCUGAGUUCCCUGGGGGAAGUACACCAACUCUGAAUUUGGGAAGAUCUGGAAUCCAGUCCUGGUUCCCUCAUCUUCUGGCUAUAUGACUUUGGACAACUUAACCUCACUGAGCCUCACUUUCCUCAUCUACAAAAUCAGGGAGAAUAAUGCUGCCCAGGCUGCCACAUAGAGCUGUGCAGUUCACUGAAAAAGACCCUCAGCCAGGGAGUUAGUGAAGGGUCAAGACCCAGCCUGAGAUCUGCUUGCAAAGGUGGGCACUCUGUGUAAUGCUCUGUCUGCCUGAGUGAAGGGGCACCUUCUUUUUGCUUGUACAGAGACAAUACAUGGUGUCCUCAAUAGCUAUCAUCUCAUUAGUGGCUUUGAGAACCCAGUGAGAUGAUACACAGCAUUGCCUGUAGCACAGGUUCAGAAAAGGUAUGCUCCCUUCCUAUACCCAAGUUCUUCUUAAGCUUGCCCCUCAUCUUAUCUACCAUCUCCCCAUCUCUCCAGGGCUCAGCCUUUUGCUGUUUUCCUUUCUUCUGGCUCGAGCUGGUGUCUGGGGAUUCCCGAGACCACCUGGGAGGAACCCCUUGAGCCUGCAGGAGUUGCGGAGGGAGUUCAAGGUCAGCCUGCAUCUUGCCAGGAAGUUGCUCUCUGAGGUUCAGACCCAGGCCCACCAUUUUGCUGAAUCUCACCUGCCAGGAGUGAGCCUGAACCUCUUGCCCCUGGGAAAUCAGCUUCCCAAUGUUUCCCUAACCUUCCAGGCCUGGCGCAGCCUUUCUGACUCAGAAAGACUCUGCUUCCUCUCUGUGACGCUCCACUCCUUUCAUGCCUUGUUGGGAGGGCUGGGGAGCCAGAGGGUCUGGACAAGCUCAGAGAGGAUGCAGCUGUGGACCAUGAGGCUGGAUCUCCGGGACUUGCAGCGGCAUCUCCACUUCCAGGUGCUGACUGCAGGAUUUAACCUGCCUGAGGAGGAAGAGAAUGCAGAAGGGAAGGGGCUGCUCCUAAGGGCUCUGGGCAGCCCCGCACAGAUGGCAGCCCACGUGUCCUGGCCUCAGCUCAUCUACACCUACCAGUUGCUGCACUCCUUGGAGCUUGUCCUGUCUCGGGCUGUACGAGACUUUCUUCUGCUCUCCCAAGCUGGGAACCCAACCCAGGCUUUGGGAUGCCUAACACCUAGCUCCCAGCCCCCAUGCAGUGACUUCUUAGCCCCUCCCCUUCAUCCUUUAGGACUUUAGGACUGGCAUCUGG